CUUCAGACGAGUGCACGAGGAGAAUGACUUAGUUAUUUUAUGUUGACAGUCGCUACAAAGCUCGCAGUCGCUUAGUCUCGCCGCAGAAGCGCAACGGGCGCGUGUCAACGCAUUUUAAAUUAUGGCAGCGGACCAGGUAUUCCACUCGCGUUCCUUGGGUAUUCCCUCCGAGGGUGUAAAAGAUCAGUACGCUGACGGCAAAGCGGCAAAAACAUGGAACAAGUUCAUCGGAGAUAGUAAUCAAAGAACGCAGAACUACAAAGACUUCUUGAUCGGUCUCUUGAAGAACAACGGCUGCAAGACUGUUCUGGACGCCGCUUGUGGUACUGGGAUAGACUCCAUGAUGCUGGUGAAUGAAGGGUUUAAAGUGGUGUCAGUCGAUGCUUCGGACAAGAUGUUGAAGCACGCUCUCAAAGCUCGCUGGGACAAGAGAAAGAAUCCCAAAUAUGAUGAUUGGGUCAUAGAAGAAGCCAACUGGGAGACACUACCGCAAGACAUCGAGACGUUUCUACCAGAUACCCAGUUCGACGCCGUCAUAUGUCUCGGGAACUCGUUCGCCCAUUUGUUGGAUGAGUACGGAGACCAAAGGAUGCAGAAGCUGUGUCUGAGCAACUUCGCGAAAUGCCUGAAGCCAGGCGGCCUCCUGUUUAUCGACCACAGGAACUAUGAUGCGAUGAUCAACACUGGAGCCACUCCGGGGCAUUCAAUUUAUUAUAAUUGCAAAUACCCGGUUGAUAUCAAGACCUCGGUUCUGGUCGUACGAGGUAGAGCUGAACUCGUCGCAUUAGACUACUGCAUAGAUACUUCAAACGAUGGGAGCAAACAGGAAAAGAGUGAGUUCCGUCUAUGCUACUACCCACACAAGCUAUCAACAUUCACGAGCAUGCUGGACGAGGCAUUCGACAACCGAGCCCGGCACCACAUCUACGGAGACUUCCAGCCGCUGGACAAGGUCCCCGUUCCUGCCUUCUACAUACACGUCAUGCAAAAGACUAAAAAUUAAACAAUAAUUUGCAUCUGAAAAUGAUCCGUAUUUCCAACACUUUUAAGGAAAAUUUGUUUAGCUUAAAGUAGAUUCUAGGAUCUGUUUAGAUCAACGUCAAUUUUAAAUUCUUUUGAUUUAAGACUGAUUGGAAAUAAUUUUGAUUUACUUUUUUCUUUCGCUGUAAUACUUACAUGGCAUUAAAUAGUUAAUAAA